AAAUGGCAUUUGGGUUUCGCAAGCCGUGAGUACACCCCAACAUACCGGGGCUUUGACUCGCACUGGGGGUAUUGGACCGCCAGGGAAAGUUACUUUGAACACAUUAAUUGCGACCGGGAUAACUGCGGUAAAUGGCAUUUGGGUUUCGCAAGCCGUGAGUACACCCCAACAUACCGGGGCUUUGACUCGCACUGGGGGUAUUGGACCGCCAGGGAAAGUUACUUUGAACACAUUAAUUGCGACCGGGAUAACUGCGGUCUGGACUUCCGGCAUAACAUGGAUGUCAUCACAAACGCGUCGGGAGUUUAUUCAACACAUUAUUUCACCGACAGAUGCCUUCAUAUCAUCGAUCAACACAACAUAUCUGAGCCCCUAUUCCUGUACGUUCCCCACCAGUCCGUCCACUCGUCGGGCACUAACUUUACGCUGGAGGCGCCCGAGGAGUACAUCGAUAUGUUUGCGUACAUUGAGUCCGAUAUACGCCGACUAUUGGCGGCCGUUGUCUACGCUAUGGACGAGUCUAUAGGCGCUGUUGUGGAGGCACUGCAUACGAAACAAAUGCUGGGAAACAGUAUUAUUUUAUUUAUGAGCGAUAACGGAGGCUUUCAUCAUCUAUUUGGUAUCAGGGUCCCUGCAUUCAUAUGGAGUCCAUUGUUGAACAAAAGUGGUUACGUGUCGGACGCCCUAAUUCACGUGACAGACCUCUUGCCCACCGUUUUAGAUGCAAUCAAUGGCACCGGGAUGUUGUCCGAUCACAAUGUGCCCAUAUAUGGUAAAUCUCAAUGGCAUACUCUGUCUAACAAUGACAUCCCGGUGCGAUCGGAGCUCAUCCACAACGUGGACCCCAUUUGGAAUAUAUCUGCCAUUCGGUGGUACGACUGGAAACUCAUCCAAAACUUUACGGCUUAUGUAGAAAACCAUAUCGUGACGGAUCUCCUCACUGCUGGUCCACCACUCGGCUCCUAUAGCCCGCCGUUCAACGCAAACAACGAGUCCUUCCAAUCGCUACAGACUAUGGAUCGCGUGAAUAGUAAGUCAUAUCACGUGUUGACACAAAUGAAUAGACGACCCGAUUAUGAGGUGCUGAAGGGGUCGGUGGUUGAGUGCGGACCUACACCCCCGCAGACCUUACCCUAUGAGUGCACAGACACCCAGUUGUGUUUGUUUAACAUACGGCACGACCCGUGCGAAUACCAUAACCUAAUCGGGGAAACGGAUCCACAAUUCGUGCGAUUCUUGUGGCAAAAAAUGGUUGACUUUAACGAGACGUCUGUACCGCCGCUAACACUCGUACCGGGGGAUGAUAGGGCUAAACCUGCGCUACAUAACAACACGUGGACUAAUUGGCUGGACUCAGAUGGGGACAGUUAUGUGAUCGAUAGGAGUGAAUUAUAAUCUAUAUAAGUUAAUCACUUUUAAUCUCAAUUUACAGUAUUAUUUAUGUCACAUGGA